AAUUUUGACGGUUUGGCCUCUUCUAUCGUGCGGUGCACGUGUGUCGCGUAUCGCACGGAUCACCCAUUCUUUUUGGCGCACAAUUAGGUGAUACUCGUAGACUUCCGCGCGACGUGGGACCACCGGGAUACCGUGCGGGAAGUACAUUGCUUGGAGGCGUCCUGUUACCACGGCUGUUCGCGACGACAUCGAAUUUCUUUUGUCCGCAGUGAGGUGAGAAUUGCAAUGCCGUCCGACGCGAAGAAAAAGCAGCAACAGAAGAAGAAGGAGGCUGCGAAGGCGAGGCAGUCCGGCAAAAAAUCGACGCAGAGCAACAACCAAGCGAAAACCGCUGAAGAUGCCAAGGAGCAGAGCCCGACGGUGGGGAACCUGCAGAAUGGCACCAAUGGCACGACUAUUAGCACUGAAGAGGCAUUGUGUCUGAAAUUGGAAGCAGAUGCCAGAUUGAAUUCAGAGGCACGUUCGUGCACCGGAUCAUUGGCUUCGCAUCCACGUAGCCGGGAUAUAAAGAUAUCUAACUUUUCUAUUACUUUCCAUGGCUGUGAACUGCUACAAGACACCAUGUUGGAGUUGAAUUGUAGUAGACGAUACGGUUUACUAGGUCUAAAUGGCUCUGGGAAGUCUACAUUGUUGGCGGUGCUAGGAAACCGCGAAGUUCCUAUUCCGGAGCAAAUAGAUAUUUUUCACUUGACUAGAGAAAUGCCCGCAAGCAAUAAGACAGCUCUGGAAUGUGUUAUGGAGGUGGAUGAGGAACGCGUGCGAUUAGAGAAACUCGCCGACGAAUUGGUGGACUGCGACGAGGAAGAUGCUCAGGAACAACUCAUGGAUGUAUAUGAGAGAUUAGACGACAUGUCCGCCGACACGGCGGAGGCUCGUGCUGCCCAUAUUUUACACGGUUUGGGUUUUACUGCAAAGAUGCAAAGAACACCUACCAAAGACUUCUCGGGAGGUUGGAGAAUGCGUAUAGCCCUUGCUAGAGCAUUAUAUGUAAAACCCCACCUGUUGUUACUCGACGAACCAACUAAUCAUCUCGACCUGGAUGCCUGCGUGUGGCUGGAGGAGGAGCUGAAAACCUACAAACGAAUUCUCGUCAUUAUUUCGCACUCGCAAGAUUUCCUCAACGGCAUUUGCACCAAUAUUAUUCACGUCAAUAAGAAACAGCUGAAAUAUUACACCGGUAAUUACGAGGCGUUCGUGAAGACGAGAAUGGAAUUACUCGAGAAUCAAGCGAAACAGUACAACUGGGAGCAGGAUCAGAUAGCGCACAUGAAAAACUAUAUUGCCCGAUUCGGUCACGGUUCGGCGAAAUUAGCCAGGCAGGCUCAGUCGAAGGAGAAGACUUUAGCAAAAAUGGUGGCGCAGGGCCUGACGGAGAAGGUUGUCAACGACAAAAUAUUAAACUUCUAUUUUCCAUCGUGCGGAACGAUCCCGCCGCCGGUUAUCAUGGUCCAGAACGUCAGUUUUCGCUACAACGACGACGCACCCUGGAUAUACAAAAAUCUGGAAUUCGGUAUCGACUUGGACACUAGACUCGCACUGGUCGGGCCAAACGGGGCGGGAAAGAGUACAUUGCUAAAGCUGUUAUAUGGUGAUUUGGUGCCGACAAGCGGAAUGAUUCGCAAGAACAGUCAUCUCCGAAUUGGCAGAUAUCAUCAGCACUUGCACGAAUUGUUGGACUUGGAUAUCUCGCCGCUCGAUUACAUGAUGAAGGCUUUCCCCGAGGUCAAAGAACGCGAGGAAAUGAGGAAGAUUAUUGGCCGUUACGGUCUAACUGGACGUCAACAAGUUUGUCCGAUUCGUCAACUGUCGGACGGCCAACGCUGCCGAGUCGUGUUUGCCUGGUUGGCCUGGCAGGUGCCUCAUCUGUUGCUGCUCGACGAGCCUACCAAUCACUUGGACAUGGAGACGAUCGAUGCACUCGCUGAUGCCAUUAACGACUUCGACGGCGGCAUGGUUCUCGUAUCGCACGACUUCAGAUUGAUUAAUCAAGUUGCCGAAGAAAUCUGGGUGUGCGAGAACGGCACAGUCACAAAGUGGAGUGGCAACAUUCUGAAUUACAAGGAACACCUGAAGAACAAAGUCCUGUCGGACAACCAGAAGAGACAGAAGGACCUGACGAGUCGCGGCAAAUAAUGCGGGCAGAGCGGUCCUGUCGCGUUCUCUCUCUCUCUUUCCAGUGCACUACGCCUCUAUUUAUAGCAAUUUCUUUUUUCUAAUAAUUGUAACUUGCUAAUUACAACAUCACUGACGCGCUGCUGUGUAGCACGUGAGCGAUUCGGUCGAAUUACUUAGCUAAUUUAUUGAAGUAUUACGCUGAAAUUGAUUCUCUACUCGAUGAUCAUAGCGCAUUACUCGCCACGAUAGGAAUCUAGAAAUAUUUAAAUUCGUGUUACCGCAAGGAAACGGAUUAAAAAAAUUUAAAGAUCAUUGACAAAAAUGCAAUUAUAAAGUAGAAACGUGUGGAAGUGUGGGGGGGGAAGGACAGAAAUUAGUGAUUUCUCUUUUAUGGUCAACUUUAUUAUAAACUGCGGAUUACAAAUUACAGACUAAUUUGAUUCACUUCAAGAAUAUAAAAUAUAUAAUAUGUGUACAGACAUUCGCAGGUACGAUCGAUUAUAUAGUUCCAAAAUACAUUUUUAUCUGUGUACGUGUAUAAAUAAUUAUGAUAUAACAAG